AUGGCGGAUUCAGUAGAUCGCGUGUUUGUACACGCCCUCAACACCGUCAAAAAGAUACCCAAAACAGGCGCAUCAAGACCACCGCCGACCGAUCGACUUCGACUCUAUGGGCUCUACAAGCAGGCAAUGGAGGGGGAUGUUGACGGUGUAAUGGAACGACCAACUGCAGCCUCGGGAAUGGCAUCCGACGACUUGCAGCGCGAAAAGGACAAAUGGGAUGCAUGGAAUCUUCAAAACGGAUUAAGCCGAACGGAGUCGAAGAGGAGAUAUAUCGAGGCGCUGAUAGAUACGAUGCAUCGAUAUGCGACCACGCCGGAUGCCGAGGAACUUGUUUCAGAGCUCGAAUUCGUUUGGGAUCAGAUCAAGAAUAAUAGUCCGAGCUCAUCAUUAUCGUCACCAAGAGCUAACAGAUCGACUGGUGCGGGCGCGAGCCAGCCUUACCAACAACCCGAGCAAGCAAGCGAUGAAGAAGGACCCUUGAAAGAAUUAAGGCCGAUGAGCGAGUACGACGAGGCAGAACUACGAUCCCAGCGGCAAUUAGACCUCGAAGAUGAUGAAAUUGAAAUACAAAAUAGCGACCGAAGUGGUGGCCGAUGGCAGCGAAAGGUGGAACGAGCAUUAACGACAAUGUCUGCUGAAGUAGCUGCGUUACGAGAGCAAAUCACCACAGGCCGAGAGUGGCGAACAAAGAAAGAACGAAGUUUUCCAGCAUGGGCGAAGUGGUUUGCUUGGUUGUUGGUCAAGCAUAUAUUCGCCGAUAUCGUUAUUCUUUCUAUUGUGCUAUUAUGGUUGAGGAAGCGCAAGGACCGGCGACUGGAAGAUCUUGUGAGAUCUACUGUUCAGCUUUUGCGAGAAUACGUUCGGAAUGUCCUGCCAUCGCGAGGUUAA